UUGGUUAAGGGUUUAGAGGAUGUGGGAGAGCGAUGCGGCGAAGGCUGCUGAAUACGCGACAGCUAAAAUAGCGGUGUGGUGGGACAUGAAGGACUGUCCGAUUCCGGAGGGUUAUGAUGCUGGUCGGGUCCGUCCGAGCAUAGAAGCGGCGUUCAAGAAACUAGGCUACUCUGGUCCUGUCUCCAUCACUGCCUAUGGCGACCUAAUACAAACCCCCAAUCGUCUCCUGCGAGGGCUCUCUUCCACUGGAGUCGCUGUUGCACAUACCGUUUCCAGAUGCAUAUGCUCACGCAUGUUUACGGAUAUGCUGGAAUGGCGAGGUCAAAAUCCUGCUCCGGGUUCAAUGAUGAUCAUAUCCAAUCAGGUGGCAUAUGUCUUCUCCUGGGAUCUGAUCCGGCUUCAACAACACACGAAAUAUAACAUUUUUGUGGCUUAUUCAGUGAAUAGUGAAUAUAGUUCAACCCUGCGCACUUGUAAAGAGUGGCGCUGGAAAAGAUUACUAGAAGAAUAUUAUAAACAACCCGAUGAUACCAUUAUUCAGUACUACAAGCGCAGUGAAACGGGUGCCAUGUUUCAUUGCAAAACGUGCUCUUUCCAUAGCCAAAGCCUGGAGAUUUUCAGGAAGCAUCUCGCUAGUAAAAACCAUGCAUUGGAAGAGAUUAUAAACCCUGGGUAUGCACAACUUGCUUCUGUAACGAAGAAGUGGGGAAAGAACUACGCGGCCAAGGCUGAACACGCGGCAGCUAAAAUAGCAGUGUGGUGGGACAUGAUGGACUGUCCGAUUCCUGAGGGUUAUGAUGCUCGCCAGGUCCGUCCGAGUAUGGAAGCUGCGUUCAAGAGUCUUGGCUACUCUGGUCCCGUCUCCAUCACAGCCUAUGGCGACUUCAAACAAACCCCUGAUCACCUCCUGCGAGCGCUCUCUUCCACUGGAGUCUCUGUUGGGCAUACCGUUUCCGAGGUCAUAUACAAGCGCAUGUUUUCAGAUUUUAUAGAAUGGCGGGGUAAUAAUCCUCCUCCGGCUACAAUGAUGGUCAUAUCGAAUCACGUGGAAGAGGUCUUGGCUGAUGAUCUUGCCGGGCUACAACAAGGGAGUAAAUACAACAUUUUUCUGGCUUAUUCAUAUAGGCCUUACAAAAUGUCAGUCCUGGUCACUUCUGCUGAGUGGCUUCUCGAUAGCUUACUUGCAGUUUUGGAACAGACAAAACACCUUCUUCGGAAGUGCAGUGAAACGGGUGAAUCUUCCGGAAUAUUUAAUUGCACAUUGUGCUUCUGUGAUUUGAAAAGCCUUGAUGAUUUCAGGAAGCAUCUCUCAAGUGAAGAACAUGCAGAGGAAGAGGGUUAUAUCUAUGAUCUUAUUGAAGAUAACUUAUCCGAGCGAAAGCUAGAGAUAGAGAGUAAAGUUUUUCCAAAGAGCAAACGUUUGAGGAAAGCAUUCCGGUCUUCUUCAUAAGCAUUUAGGUCUUACUAAUCGUCGAGCUCGACGUAGAGCUCGAAAAUCUCAAACCUGCAAGGAAGAGUGGUGCAAUUGUUACUCAAGUGAUCAGUCGUCCUGGAAGCUCUUCUAGUCUAUGUUUCAAUUUGAAGUAUUUAUUUUUCUUCGAACACAGAAAAUGUAUUUAUUUUUCAUUCCGUUUUGCUUGUUUAAAACAAUGGUUAUCUAAAAAAAAACCUGAAGACAUGCAUAAACCUGAAGACUGAUAUUGCUUGGGACACAAGAGAGCUAAAUAAACCCAAGAACUCUACGUACUGU